CACAAGCUGAACGCGGCGCAUCAAAGAUCUCUUCAAGUUACUGAUUAAUGGUAAAUAGACGCUGCUCGGCUCGCCUCUUUGUGUUUUUACACAUAAAAAAAAAAACUAAAUAGAAACAGGUAAACUUCUCACCUGGCUGCGCUGGUGACGCCUAAGGGGGAAAAGGAAACAGAAAGUCUGGGAAUCCCGGGACAUUAAUGCAGGAGGAGAAGAAUCCCCUAGGUUUUUUUUAUUUAUUUAUUUUGUAACUCGAUGAUUUGAAUAUGACACCAUGAACCACACACAUUAAAAGAAGACUGAAAGGAUGAGGACGAAACCGAACCUCUCGCGACCGUGUGACAGGCACCGGAGCGGACUGCACACCUGUCAGGGGGAGGAGUUUUCCUCUUCAGACCAGAGCAUAAAAACACAUCUUCCCCGUCCUUUAUUUGGCGUUUCCCCCUGAGCGUGGUGGGAGGAGGAAGAGGCCGAGCGAUGAAGGAUGUUCUGACAGGAUGUUGGACUCAGGCAGCCGGAGAACUCCUCGAUCUGCGCUGUGAGGACGAUUAGUCAUCCUCAGGUCUCUGUGAUCUGUYGGGUCUGGACCAUUCUGCAGCGCCAUGGCCGCCUUCCUGCUGCUCUUUCUGCUGUUGGUGGUGUCCGCACGGCCCCCCCGGGCCCCCCAACACCUCCCUCCGUGCCACAUGGUCCAAAUGGAUGUGUUCUGCAGUGAUCUGAGCCUCAGAGGUGCCCCCGUCAACCUCCCUCAUGGAGUCCAAACGCUGGAUCUUUCUCGAAACCAGGUUCAGAACCUGACAAAGGAAACUUUGGGGUUCCACACCGGCUUCCACCAGCUGAACCUCCAUUCGAACAGGAUUCACUUCRUCCAACCGGGACUUUUCCGGGACAUGAAGGAUCUGAGGGUGCUGGACCUCUCCAAGAACCACUUAAGUGUUUUCGCCCGCUCCAAAAUAAACGURGGACCUCUCACAGCCGUGGAGUCUUUAGACCUGUCAAAUAACGGGUUGUAYACGGGUAUGUCGGACUACUUCCUGUCCGAGUCUCCGUUGCUGGCGAACCUUUCYCUGAACAGCAACAGCAUCACAGAAAUAACUCGAAAUACCUUCGACGGAGCGUCGUCCCUGAGGAAAAUCAACCUCCACAACAACGUCAUCCUGGAGAUUGAAGAUGGGGCGUUUGAUUCCUUGGAGAAUCUGACUGAGCUCGAUUUGUCCAAGAACUCCAUCACAUGCAUCCUAGACUUCAACCUUUACAACCUGGCAUWUCUGAAUCUCAGCAAGAACAGCAUCGAGUUUUUCCAAAGCGCGGAGUCCAACAGUUCRUUUAAACUUCGCUCUCUCGACCUGAGCGAAAACAAGCUGCUGUAUUUCCCCUUUCUCCCGGUUAAGAACGUUCUGGAGUUUCUCGAUGUUUCACGAAACCAUCUUCAGACGGUCAACAACACGGGAAGCUCGGAAAACCAGACAAACUUGAUUUUUAAUCACCUGAGAUACAUGGACUUGAGUUACAACAAACUUAAAAGCAUCCCAGAGAGUUUUUUCAACAAUGUGAAAUCCCUGGAGGUCUUGAACGUGAGUAAUAACUGCAUCGGGUCGUUUUCUGUCUCUUCCAAAGACCUCUUACAUAAAGCAAGGAUAAUCGAUCUCAGCCAUAAUUCAAUACAAAGUCUGACUUUUGGGGAGAACACUCUGACGUCGCUGAGGAGGCUCUUCUUACAAGGAAAUGACCUCACAGUUCUAGACCACCAAAUAUUUCAAAGACUGCCGAGCAUCAAAUACCUGCAGCUCCAGCAGAACAAUCUGAAGAUCUGUGACUCUGAGAACAACCGGCUGGAACCAAGGCUGAAGAACGAAGACGUGAGUUCGGCUGGUUGCGUAUCCCUCUCGUCUGUUCGGAGUUUGCACUUCUUGUACUUCUCUGAAAACAACCUGAGAACCCUCCCUGCCAAUGCUUUUGCAAACACCCCCCUGAAGUUCCUAGACUUGUCGCUAAAUCCAGGCUUGGACCUCCACAAAGACUCACUCUCUGGUCUGGAACACUCUCUGGUCCACCUCCUCCUGAGGGAAAACAACAUGUCGAGUCUAAACCCGGACCUGUCCUCGCUAAAGAGUCUCAGAAACGUUGACCUUUCCACCAACCAGCUGAACACCCUGCCAAUGUGGAAGGGAGAGUCCACCAUCGAGUCCCUCAACCUGCAGAACAACAACUUAGUAACCCUGGACCAGUCUACCGUCCUGGCCCUGGAGCGCUCCUUGAAGACCCUCUACAUGGGAUUCAACCCUCUGAGCUGCUGCGACAACCUCGGCUUCCUCCACAUGAUGCAGCACUCCUCUGUCAUCGUUCCCGACAUCGAGAUCGUGACCUGCGUCCACCAGGACUAUCCAGAGCCGGUCAACAUCGAAAGGGUGACCAAGGACAUGUGCCGCCAACCGGAGGUCCAGAACGACGUGGUGGUUGUCGCGGUGGUGACUUCAGCUCUGGUUAUUUUUGUGGGACUUUUUCUAUGUUGCUGUUUGAGGAAAAAGAAGCGCAACAGAGGAUUUCAUGCAUAGAAGAAUCACGACUCAAGGACAAACRUCUGUAUAUUGAAGGAUUUAAAUGUGAAUGUGGUCCCAAUCARAACCUUCUAUAUGGACAAUUUGAAGCACUGGUUUUGGAUCACUGACUAACAGAGACACUCGUCAGUAGAGUCAUAUUAUCUAAGCUGCAAAGUAAACAAGCUAUUGAAAGCAGCAGUUUAAGUAAGACCCACAGAGGAUUGGACUUUUUACUGGACUUUUAUAUCAGUUUCAUGCAACACCUGAAAGUCUAUUUUAAGGAAAUGCAACUUUCAAGCCUUACGGCACGCUCCGACAGAAUGAAAGUUUGACUUCUUUUGUUACGUUUUUCCCAAGCACACGUGACUUUAGGAAGGACAGAACAAACAAAACAUCACCCAACUGUCACCACCUGGUGUGUAGCUCUGCAGGCGACACCUUGGAUGUUCAAAGCACCAGAACGCACCGGACGUGUGGGCAGCUUGAAUCGGAUCUUUUUWAAGGUUUCUGUCUUUUCUGUGCUUUAAACAGCAGUGUUAAAUAUACCUGAAACCACUUUAAUGAAUGUAGAAUUAAACGAAGAACCAACACUAAAACACUUUGAGCAAACGGUAGCAUCAAGCCAAAUAGACUGAGGAAUUUAUACCUUAAAUAUAAAUUGACACCAGUCUCUUAUCUGUAUGGUAACUAAAUCCACAUGRUUUAAAACAGAAAACAACAAAUAAAACCCAUGACAUGUUAAGUAGUAACAUUCAGUCAUGAGUACCCCAAGUUGGGUACUUUCCUGCACUGAUCAGUAAACAUACCCCUUAUAACGUUUUACAGUAUCCACAGAGUUCCCAAAAUUCAAUGUUACAUGGUUUCUAUGGUUCCAAACCCUGGGUCCUCUUUUCAAUGGGUCUCAAGUAACGGUUUCAGGUUCAAGGGUUUUAGGGUACCAAAGAGUGGCACUGGUUCUGUUUUACCAGGGUUGUUAGAUUUUCAGGUCCAAACCUUAAGUACAAGUUCCCCGAAUACAUUUUCCCUUUAGAUCUGAACUUUCAAUGAUUUUAGGGGGAAAGGGAUUUUGGAUUGCUCUGUUCCAGUGGAUACACUUUAGGAUCUUGCAAUAUUUUUGCAUGUUUUUUAUUGUCCCUUUUUAUAUAUGGUUUUCAUAAAGGUUUUUAUUACAUUAAGUCUCCAAGCAGUGAUAAAACAGAGCUGUGGUUGUAAUUUUGUUUUAUUGUUAAACAAAGAUGUGGAAAUCUGGAAAUAGCAAGCACAAAUAUCCAAAUGCCCCCCUUCUAAGGCCUCUGUUUUCAGUUUUUAUGCCAAAUUAGGUGAACCCCAUGCCUUAUUCAGAGAUAAAAUACAGAUAAAAGAGUGAUGUCAGUUUUUUCUGUUUGGGUGCUUCAAGGACUAAAUGUUUUAGUAAGAAGGUUGUUUUUAGAGACUGAUUUGCCUUUUUAAGCUGAAAAUGAAGAAAACACUACUAAAGUUUGUGAAGGAAAAUGCUCUAUUUAUAAAAUACUAACAGAUGAAGGUGUUUGUCCAAGAUGGCAGUUUACUCUUUUAUAGUUUGCACUUUAAACUCUAAUGUUUGUGUGAUUUUAUUUUUAUUUUACUGUAUAUCUUUAGCAACUGUUGACACUAAAAGAUGAACAUUGUUGGUAUGUUACAUUAAAAUAUGUAAAUGUAAUUUAUUUUGUUAGCUUUAAAGCAAAGCUGGACAUUUAAAUUGAUCCAUGGUGCUCGCUCUCUUCAUCUGGCAUGAAAAUGUAUAAAAGUGCCAUUUUUAAUUUGAUUUUCUGGGUGAAGCUCUGAACAUAAAUAACUGUGAUGUUCUUAUGUUUGAAUAAACACACAAACUGAAUACAUUUAUUUUAAUAAAAACACCCAUAAACUAUACGGCUGAAUUUAUUAUGUGCAGGUGGAACUUGUUGAUGAAGGAUGUCCAGAUGUUUUAUUACGUAAAACAAAUGAAGAAAACUGUUGCUUUGUAGAACAUACCUCAAAAAUAAACUGUUUUAAUCUUUA